AAAACAAUUUUCAGAUUCCUUCCCCAAUCUCCACUCCAUUCUUUCCUCCUUCUUCUUCCCUCUCUUUUCUCUCUGUUUCCCUCCAUGAAAUGGGACAUGGAGAUCGAGGAAAUCGAGGCCGUCCUCGAGAAGAUUUGGGAUCUUCACGACAAGCUCAGUGAAGCUAUUCACUCAAUUUCCCGAGAUCACUUCCUCACCUCCACCAAACAUCUCAGGAAAUCUGACAACAACAACAACAACAACAACAAGGAUUCCAACAACGCCCCCAUUCCCUUACCCCACACUGCUGUCUUCCCUUUCAUCGACGAAUUUCGGGUCGACCUUGAUGAUUCUGCCAUCCAGGAAGCCAGAAGUCUUAAUGCCAUUCGAACUGCUCUUGAGAAUCUCGAAGAUCAGCUCGAGUUCUUUCAUACCGUUCAAGUGCAACAGCAGGUUGAGAGAGAUGCUGCAAUUGCACGACUAGAGCAAAGUAGGAUUGUUCUUGCAAUGAGAUUGGCUGAACAUCAUGGCAAGAACUAUAAAGUCAUCAGUGAAGCUUUAGCGUUUGUUGGAGAUGUACGUUAUGCCGCUAACUAUGUUUCACACGAAAACAAAGAUGGUCCAAAGUUUAGCCCGAAGGGUCAGAAGCCAUUGCCGAACAGUUCAAAGAGGUCUAAUACUCUGAUCAAGAUGCUAUUUUCAACCAUCGACUUUGCUAGGAAAUCUCUCAAAAUGGAUCAUGUGGGCGGGAUACUUGGCAAUGCUGCCAUGGUUGCAAUUAGCAUGGUUGCAUUUCUGCAUCUGCACCAGGUAGCAUAUAAGGUGGCUCCACUGGAGAGAGAUGAUAUUCCUUUCGACAGAAACCUUCGAAGAACUUCUCGGCUCAAGGAAUCUUCGUCAAAUGAAGAUUUCAGCAACUUUGACGUCUUAUCUGCAAGGGGUUAGUGUGAAUAUAUAAAACUUUUCAAGCUUUGAUGCAUCUCUUAUUCAGUUGUUUUUAAAUGUGCGCUGGCUAUGUGAUAAUGUUUGUUGUAUGAAAAUUAUUUGAUUUAGUAGUUAGAAAUUUUCUUCAUCA